AUGAGCCUGGCAGAUAGACGAAGAAAUUUGGGCCCUACGGACACUGUUCCUUUAGUGGUUGAAGGAGCCAAAAGAGAGCCAGAACUGUCGGAUGGACUUAGACCAGUAUUUAUUGCCCAAGGUGUAGCCAGCCACGCUAAUGGGUCUGCGUAUUUAGAGGUGGGCGAGUGCCGAUUCCAAUGUUCGGUUUACGGCCCGCAGCCGUCACGCAAGGAUUUCAACCCGCGAGCCGAGGUGAAUGUUAAUAUUGAGAUCGAAAACUUUGCCGGAAUCGAAGACCACGAGAACACUGAGCGGACGAUUUCCGACUUUGUCAAGACCUGCGUCACUCCGGCGAUUGUUUUAGACGAUUACCCCAAAUCUGAAAUUACUAUUACCGUCACCGUACUCGCAGCGGGUCCUUCCUUGUAUACACAGCUUGCAGCAGCGGUUAAUGUCGCCACUCUUGCCCUGAUCAAUGCUGGCAUUGCUCUCCAUGAUAUGGUGACCGCAGUCUCUGUUGCAGUCCACGAAAACGUUGUUUACACCGAUGUCGAUCUUUUUGACGAUGCCACGCAGCUGGUCGGUGCCUAUCUUAUGGCUCAAGACAAACUUGUUGGUGUGUCGGUGGGAUCGAAAACCGAUGUCAAAAAGAUCGAGCUUGAAAACAUGCUGGAAAAAUCUCGCCAAGCAGCGAUUGAGCUACGGAAAGUAUUCAACGGGUUUCUGGUCGAAGGUUAUGCUCAACGAAAAUAG